UUGGAAGCUUUCUGUACGUUCGCGAAAAUGGCAUUCAAUAUACAAACAUCUGGACCGAAAAUGAUUCUGCAUAAUAAAACAAUAGCAGAGAUGUUUAUAAAUCAAUUGAAUAACAAUCAAGGUCUUUUUGGUAUCGACUGUUCUACCGGUAAAGAGUACGGUUAUCCAAAAUUGAAAAAAGACGUUUUAGCAAUGGCUACUGUGUUUCAAAAACAUGAUCUUGGACACGGAGAUGUUAUAAUGAUUAUAGACUAUGGUUCGUACGAAGGGCAAGUAGUUAUGUUAGCUGGGAUUUUGGUCGGAACAACUAUAGCUGCAUUGGAUCACAGUUUAAGAAAAAGUGUCUUGGCAGCGCUUAUUAAUGAAUCCAAGCCGAGCGUAUUGUUUUGUAAUACUUUUAGUAUAAAUAUAAUAACAGACAUUUUAAAUACUAUCACGCAUCGACCGAUAUUGAAGAUUGCUACUAUGAUCCGUGAUGGAUUUACUGCUUAUUCGAAUAUUAUCGUUGUUACGGCGGACGAAACUUUGUUAGUCCGUCCAAUUAAAUCAAAAUGCCCAAUUGGUCCAUGUGCUAUUAUAUAUUCGAGUGGUACUACAGGAACUCCGAAAGGAAUAUAUUUGUCGGACGAUGCUAUGAAAUCAGCAUUGAUAUCGUUCAAGCAGUCAUUGAUGGAAGAACCUAUUGAAAACAGGUUUAUGAUUACUUCUCCUGUAUUUUGGUACACGGGAAUGUUAUUAAUGAUGCUCGGUAUUCAUUUUGGCAAACCAAGACUAUUUUUCUCGGCAAAGUCAACCGCUGAACAAGUACUUUGUUCAAUAGACAAAUUUAAACCAACAUUCCUGAUGACCGGUGUGGCCGCAGUCAAUGAAAUGAUGGCUUGUCAAAUGGCGAACGGUCACAAGUACAAUAUACACAGUUUAACGACAUGCGUGGUUGGCGGGUCUCCGAUGCGAGCUGAUUUACAAAAGACAGUUGUAAAUAAUUUACUGCAGGGAAGGAUACCGAUCAAACAAGGGUACGGUGCCUCUGAACAGGGCAUUAUAGCCGCUUGGUCUAUGGAUUCAGAUAUAAGUUCCGUCAGGGCUGGAUCUGUCGGGAGACCAGCAGCUGGUAUUAAAAUCAGAAUUGUCAGCUUGGAAACUGGCGAAUGUGUUGGCCCCAACACUGAAGGUGAAAUUCGUAUUAAAUCGGUUUCCAACAUGAUGGGCUACGUCAACGACAUGAAAAAAACGAUUUGUUCGUACGACGAGGACGGUUGGUUCAAGAGCGGAGACGUCGGGUAUUACACGGACGACUGUUGUUUGUUCAUCGUCGGUCGGAUUAAAGAGUUGAUGAUUUACAAGGACCAGAGGAUUGCGCCGACCGACAUAGAAACCGUUUUAUUGAGUCAUCCUGCCGUACUCGAUGCCGGAGUGACGGGAAAGUACAGUGUGGACGGAGAUUUGUUGAUAGGAGUUGUCAAAGUCAAACCGGGUCAAAACGUCGAACCCGACCGACUUUUAUCGUUUGUUAAUGACAGAGUGAAAGAUCACGAGAGACUGCGAGGUGGUAUAAUAUUCGUAGACGACGUGCCUAGAUCUCCAGCCGGUAAAUUGAAACGGGAAGAACUUUUUAAUAUUAUACAAUGAUUGCAUACAAUUUAUUAUAAUUAAUCAAAAUAAACGUGUGAUGCAAAAUAUUUUACACGGUACACAGAUGAUUUACAUAUAUUUAAUAAUUAAUAGACAAUAGUAAAAUACGAACUUUAUUAAGUGGGUGUACUAUAUACAGUGUACGUUCGGUAAGUCGAAGCUCACUGGGAAAAAUAAAUUCUACUUACUAAAUUGUCGAGUUAUCUAAAUCUUAAUGUGUUAUUGUUAUUUGAAGGAGAAUUUUAUUUGUUCGAAAUGUCAAGAAUUUAAAGUAGUCAAGGUUUGAGUUACCGAGAGUACACUGUAGGUAUACCAUUAUAUAUUUAUAUAGGUACUUGUAAUUUAAUAUUUUAUAAAAGUAAAACAUAUUUUACUACAAAUUAAAAAUGACUAUAAGCAGUACUUGAAAGCUGAAUUAUUGUAAAAAAAUUAAAAAAGGAAUGCAAAAGUCUAAAAGAAAUGUGCAUACUUGAAGAUUUAAAUAUAUUAUGAAUUAGGAUAUAAUUAGAAAUAAUACUCUAAAAUAUUAUGUUUGAAAACUAAGAUAGACUUCUGUGUUCAACUGUGACCCCUCAAUUCAAUAGUAAGGUAGCAAAUAAUAUUUAAUUAAACAUUGUAAAAACAUUUAAUAUAUCGAUAAAGUUAAUUAGUUAAAUUAAAUUAAAAUUAAUUAAAUAAUUAAAUAUACUAUAUAGGUAAGUCUUAGCCCGGAUAGUAAUAUUUUUAAAUAUCUUCAUUGACUGUAGAUAUACAAUUUGACGUGGGUGAAAAUUGAAGACAAUUCAUUAAACAUUGAACACAGUUUUGGAUAAUGCAUUUAGUAGAGUUUAGUACUUAUAAGAUGGCGUUUUUACGUAGUUGGGAUUUGGGAAUAUGUCAGGGGUUUGGGGGUAUAGUUUCUUUAGCAUAAUAUCUUGGAAUAUUGGUAAUUUGUAAAAAAAAAAAUUUUUUUUUUUCAUUUUUUUUUAUUUUUUUAUUUAAAAGCCGCUAGUAUAGACUAUGAUAGCUUUUGUUUUCAUUUUAAACUAAUAAUAUUAUAAAUUUUAAUUUUAUGGUACCUAUACAAUUAUUAUUUUUUUAAUCAUUCACCAAUAAUUAUAUUUUAUUUAAAUUGUGAUUUAGUGACAAAAUUAUUUUAAGUUAGUCAUAUGAAUUGUGAAUCUUUUUAUAAAAAAUGUUAUAUCAACAUAAAUAGAAAAAUAAAUUUCAUGUCUAGAUAUAUAUAUAGAUUUAGAGGAAAUAUCAAGUACUUACCUACAGAAAACGAAAUCGAUUUUGACAAAAUAGUAUAUCGUGUGGCAAGGGCGGAAAUUGUCUCCCACACAUUUUAUUUUUUGUCACGCUUCUCGCAUCUGUGUUCACCAAUCACGGAAAAAGUAACGCAGGAAUCGAUGCAACAACUAGAUUAUUCUUCAAAAAAAAUAUUACAUGAAAGAAACGAUUUGGUUUUAUUUAUUUGCAUGGAGGUUAUA